UAAUGUUGUUUUCUUGAAAGAACAUAUAGCACGUAUAUCGUGCUAGUACUAUUAGAGUGAUAUAACGGGGAGUUAUGUUUCUCUUCUAAUCUUAAUAUGAUUGUAAAAAUAUUUUUGAUUAAUUAGUGUUUCUAUUGUGACUUCAUUAUGUAACCGGACGACUAAAUUGAUUGAUGGCUAAUACACGUGAGAAAGCAAACACAUGUAUAUAUGUACAUAUAUUGCAUCACAAUUUUCAGAGUUUAUGCAAUCUGAGAAUGAGAAAUGGAAUCUAAAUAUAAAAUUAUAAACACUAUCUUAUUUAGCUAACGUAAGUUAAGAUUAUAUGAUAAAAUCUAUAGGCAUAAAAAGAUUUAAAAGAAUUUUCGUAAUCUAACUUUAUUAUAAAAUAAACAACAAUUAUGGAAAACGAAUUAGAGUUAAGACUAAACGAAAAUGAAACCGGCAAAAAAUGGAAAAAAUUCUUCGGAUGGAUAAAAGAUGUAUCGGUGGAACCAACAAUGUGGUUGUUUAUGAUGGCCUUCAUGAUCACAUCGGUAGUGGAGCAGGCUUUUUUUGUCUAUAAAUCUUGUCGAGUCGAUCAUGGUUAUUCAGAAAAAAUUUGCUCAAAUCUGAACGAUAAUGAGACUAUAAAAACUGCAGUACAGCUCACAGUCUCAAAUUUUCAUCAAUGGAAUAACAUAACAGGCCAUGUAGUUCCUAUAAUAUUAGCCUUUUUUUAUGGUAACUGGAGCGAUCGUCGAGGUAGAAAAUUACCAUUAAUAAUGGGACUAUUAGGAAAAUUCAUCUAUUCUUUUAUGAUUGUGAUCAAUUCCAUGAUGGAUACAUGGAAUCUAAAUACUGUUGUAUAUUCUGCGACUCUUCCCAUGGGAAUGUUGGGAGGAGAUGUAGUCAUUUUUGGAAGUUGUUUCGCAUACAUAUCAGAUAUAUCAUCUAUUCAACAAAGAACUCUGAGAAUUACUAUUUUAGAUGUAAUUUAUCUCAGUACUAUGCCAACAGGUGUGGCUUUGGGUUCCUAUAUCUAUAAUAAUGUGGUCAACAAAUCUUACACCAUUAUGUUUAUCAUAAAUGCUACUCUACUAUUUCUAGCUAUUUUAUACUCAUUGAUUAAGCUAAAGUGGCAAACAUUGCCUCAGCAACAAGUAGUAAUGGGUAUUAAUCUAUUAACUGAUUUUUUUGACAAAAAACAUGUAAUAGCAACCAUAAAAACAAUUAUAAAAACUAGGCCAAAUCAUGGAAAACUUCACUUGUUGUUUCUAUUGAUCAUCAUGAUGUUAUAUGUUUUUCAAAGAGAUGAAAAACCUAUGAGUUUUUUAUAUGCUCAAUUAAAAUUUAAAUGGGAUGUGAACACAUAUAGCAAUUUUAGAACAUUCCAAUCAAGUACUUUUGUCCUAGCAAUGUUAGUCGGCGUACCAAUUAUGAGUAAACUAAUGAAAAUCAGAGAUACUAUAAUUGUGGCUAUUGGAGCUAUUGCUCAUGCCUCUGGAAGAAUAAUAUUUGCAUUGGCAAAAAUACCAGAAUUAUUCUACGUUGGUGCUGGUGUAGCUGCAUUAGGACCAAUAGUAGCACCAGUUUUGAGAUCAAUGACUUCAAAACUUGUAACAAUAGAAGAACGAGGAAAAGUAUUUGCCAUUUUAUCAGUCUGUGAUAAUGCAGUACCUUUGUUCAGCAGUAUAUUAUAUUCUCAACUAUAUAAUGCAACUAUAAACUCAGCAUCUAGCUCAAUUUACUGGCUGACCUUUACCACUCAAAUAUUUGUUCUACUUCUUAUUUUAAUAAUUCAUUUUUCUAUAAAAAAUAGAAAUGAUGAAUAUGUAGAUGAUGAAAUCAACAAUUAA